CUCCCUCCGCGGCACCGCGGGACGGCGGCGGGAGCGGAGCGGCAACGGGAGCCGGGCGCGGUGAGCGGGGCUGGCCCCGGCGGCGGGCAGGAGGGAGCCGCGCUGCCGGUUACGCCUGAGUCGAAGCAUUCCGGCGGGAUCUGGCCGUUUCCCUUUGGAAGAGAGGUAUAGUCCCUAUGGCAGAGAUCCAUGCCUCUUUCCCCCCGGAGAGCUGUUCUGAAAGAAACAAAGGGAAGGGAAGCGUCUCUGCUACGAGCAGACAAAACUGAAGGGCAUAAGAUCGAGCGUUUUGUUACAUGAGGCAGAUUUGCCAGAGAAGAGGGGCUGUUCUCAGCAUGCAGUCCCUUUAGAUUCGUCUGUGAUAACCAACCACAUCCUGCGCAUUGGACAUUUGGCUUGCAUCCCUGUAUCUUCCUGCUUUUCUGAAGGAUACAAUCUUACAUUGUCCUGGGUUUGAUCAGUAAAGGAUAAAUUUGAUCACUGGCUGACUUGUCAUCUCUUCAUGGUGAUGGAAAAAUAGAAAAUAGUUGCCUAAAAUAAACCCUUGGUUAUGCUGCUAAAACUAUCUUUGAAUCCAAGAUCUGUUGUGGUUUUUAAAACACAAACCCAAAAAUGUCAGAACUCGACCCUUCAUCUGGAUUUGUAGGAAACAUGGAAAAUGGGACUUUUCUGGAGCUGUAUCCCACAUCCCUUUCAACUUCAGUGGAUUCAUCGCCUGGCCGUCUAUCCAACGUCUAUGUCUAUGUUUCUAUAUUCCUUAGUCUCUUAGCUUUUCUCCUUUUGCUAUUGAUCAUUGCACUUCAGAGGCUGAAAAACAUAAUUUCUUCCAGUUCCUCCUACCCAGAAUAUAACAGUGAUGCUGGAAGUUCUUUCACUAAUUUAGAGGUUUGUAGCAUUUCUUCCCAGCGCUCUGCUCUCUCCAACCUUUCUUCAUGAAACUAAAUGAAAGGGAAUGCACGGGGGAUGGAAGAGCUUUGUCUAGUUUCUUGGGGAGGUAGUGCAUGCAACAUUUGCCUUAGACUAUUAUGAAGAGGUGGCUUUUAAAGUUUCCUUUGUGUUUGUUUUUUGGUUUUGUUUUUGAUUUUUAACUUUCCUUUUCUAGUCUUCAUUUCCCCUUUUACUAAUGUUUGUUUUCAUUUUGUACAAUGGAUAAUGACACUCACUCAUCAUU